CCGUUGCUUCCUCGAGGGCCGAAGCGUGGGCCUCUUCCCAGUUCAUCCGAACCAUGGCACGGUCCAGCGCGUGGCCACGGCCAUGGAUGCUGCUCACGCUGCAGAUCUUCCAAUGUGUCGCCAUGGAGCCUUGGAAGAAGUGGCCUUUCAAGAGCCCAAAGAGUUUGUUCCGCUUGCGGAAGGAAGGAGGUGCAUGUGCACGGACCAGAUCCGAUCCUGUUUUGGAGGUGGAACCGGAUCUCCAUCGCUGGAUCCCCUUCCUGCGGCCGCGCACGGUGCAUCCGGGAGACCUCCAGGAACUUCGGGAGCAAUACCGGGUCGUGGUGGUGAUGACCACCAUCCCCCAGCGCAUCCAGUACACCGAGCCCGUGAUCGAUUCGAUGCUCCGGCAAACCUGGCCGGCCAACGAGAUUUACAUGAGUGUGCCCUAUGUCUACAACCGGACUGGCGAGAGCUACCAGAUCCCAUCCUGGAUGGCGUCGAAGCCGUCGCUGCGGCUCUUCCGCUGCGAGGAUCUGGGGCCCGGGACCCACCUGCUGAACGGUUUACGACUGGAAGAGGAUCCCUGGACCUUCCUGGUGGUGGUGGAUGAUGAUCACAUCUAUGGGCCGGAGCUCAUCGAGCAGCUCAUGCGGAGCGCCUUGGGGAACCCGGGAUCUGCCGUGGCGGCGCAAGGCUUCCUGUCGGUGCCCGGGCUUUUGGGCGAGUUGGUGAGCUUGCAAGAGCAAGGCCUUCAGCGUCCACGGUACUUGCAAGACCAGGGCUUUUCUGCUGGGCCAGUGCUGGUGAGCUACUUGGGCGUGGUCUAUCAACGCGGCUUCUUCGACGAGCGGGUCUUCGAGUACGGCUCAGCCUGUCAGCAGUGCCGCUACCAGGAUGACAUGUGGUUCUCCGCCCACUUGGCCUUGAAGGGCAUCCGGCGCUUCGUCUUGGGCGCGGCUCUGGGGGUGCAGGAACUCACGGAGAUGCACCUGGGUCCAGAGUCGCUCACCUUGUGGCCGGAGAAUCGGCCGCGCAAUGUGAGCGACGACUGCAACCAGUGCCUGGUGGCCCAGCGAAGCGGACUUUGGGCGUUCCGACGACGCGUGGUGCUGGCGCUGUCGGGGCUGCCGUCCGCACAAGGCCUUCCUGAACAGGUCUCCCCCGAGUGGCAGUCCUUGCUGGCCAGCCUUCGAAGGCUGUCAGCCAUGCCGGACCUGGUUUACCUCUGCACAGAUGGCUGGGAGGCGGAGGGGAAGUUCGUGGUGGGGACCUCUUUUCUCGUGAACGAGGUCUUGAUCACGGGCUCGACCGCCUGCAAUGCUCACGCGGAGGCGCGUGUCUCCUUGCUCCUGCGAGACUUGCUGCUCUGGGAAGGUGAUGCCAACACCGUUCUGGUGAUGGGAUCCUCGAAUGACUUCGCCAAUGACCCAGAAGAACUCUGGGCGGCUGCUGAAUGUGCUGCCGACAUGUACGACCUCAACUCCCGCGAUCUCCAAAGCGACGAGCGGGCCUUGCGUGAGGCCGAACAGGCAGCCAAGCAGGAUGAGAAGUUCGUGGAGCAGUACGGACAUUUGAUGCUCAACACCCGCUUCCAGCUCAGCGCCAGCUCCAGUCUGGGAGACCAGAUCCCAAGGAGGAGCCGCGCGGCGGACGCGGAGCACGUGUGGCCGUAUUGCCGCCUGGGCAGUUGGGUCGCAGCCAGCGUGGGCGCCUUCAAUCAGCAGGGAUGAGCGAGUCAAAAGAGUUUGCGGACUUGAAG